AUGACAUCUCAAGGAGCAAGUGGUAAUGUUGACAAUGCUUCAGAAGAAGCUCCAUUAUGGAACUACGUAACUAAAUUAGAGAAAUCAGGAGCAAAAGGAGGCACUUGGAAAUUUAAGUGCAAUAUUUGCAACGAAGAUCGACAAGGCUCGUAUUCCAGAAUUAGAGUUCAUCUACUUGGAAUUAAAAACCAAGGUAUUGUUAUAUGUAAGAAAGCAACAAGGAGUCAAAAAGCUGACAUGCAGAAGUUGGAAGAUGAGUUUGAGAAGAAGAAAAACGAGAGUGGUUCUCGAGCACUUCCUUUGCCUUGUGAAAAAAAUGAAACGAAUCCUGCUUCAAAGAAAAGAAAGUCUGCUGAUUCUGCAAUUGCUAGAUCAUUUGGUAUUGAAGUCAGGGAUCAACUAGAUCAAGAAAUUGCAAGAAUGUUCUAUAGUGGAGGUGUGUCGUUUAACCUUGCAAGAAACCCACAUUAUCAUAGGUCUUACCAGUUUGCUGCUGAAAACAAGAUUGAUGGUUAUGUGCCUCCUAGUUACAAUAAGCUUAGAACUACGCUGCUUCAGAAAGAGAGAAACAAUGUUGAAAGAUUAUUGGUUCCAUUUAAGUCAACAUGGAAAGAAAGAGGGGUGGCGAUUGUUGGUCCUAUAUUCUCCAAGGCUGUGAACUGUUUUGGAAAAGUGAAAGAUAGAUUCUUCAUCUCUGGUCAGAUGAAAGAGGUUAUCAAUGAAGUGGGUCAUCAAAACGUUGUGCAAAUCAUCACUGAUUAUGCAGCAAAUUGUAAGGCUGCUGGAGAGAUUAUUGAGAGUACGUUUCCUCAUAUUUAUUGGACACCAUGUGUGGUUCACACCCUCAAUCUUGCUUUGAAGAACAUUUGUGCAGCAAAGAAUGUGGAGAAGAAUGCUUCAACAUAUGAAGAAUGCAAUUGGAUAACUGAUCUUGUCAAAAGAGGCCUUGAAGCUAUGGUCAUAAGUGAGGAGUGGUCUACUUAUAUAGAAGAUGAUGUGGGGAAAGCAACUUUUGUGAAGGGCAAGAUUCUUAGUGAUGAUUGGUGGGAGCAAGUGUCAUACAUUAUUGAUUACACAAGACCAAUAUAUGAGAUGCUAAGGUUUUGUGACACUGACAAACCAUGUCUUCAUUUAGUAUAUGAGAUGUGGGAUUCCAUGAUUGAGAAGGUGAAGUCUGAGAUCUAUAAGAAAGAGAAACGUCCAGUGAUUGAAGUUAGCCCUUUCUACACGGUUGUUCAUGAGAUUUUAGUAGAUCGUUGGGCAAAAAACAACACUACUCUGCAUUGUCUAGCUCACUCUUUAAAUCCAAGAGAUCUAGAAGUCUCAAGUGAGAGAAUGAAGUGUUUUAGAAGAUUGUUUCCGAGUAUUGAAGAUCAUCUUAAGGUUAUGGAUGAAUAUGCUUUAUUCUCCAUGAGAACUGGUCCUUUUGAGGAUUUAACAUGCAUUUCGAUGAUGUUUACUAUGGAACCCAAGAAAUGGUGGGCUAACUUUGGUGCUCAAACUCCUUUCCUACAGACUUUGGCUUUUAAGUUGCUUGGACAGCUUAGUUCAUCUUCAUGUUAUGAGCGUAACUGGAGUACUUACUCAUUCAUUCAUUCACUUAGACGGAAUAAGUUAAAUCCAAGUCGUGCUAAAGAUCUAGUUUUCAUCCACAACAAUUUACGUUUCUUAUCAAGGAACUCCAAGCAAUACGAAGAAGAAAAGACAAAGAUGUGGGAUGUUGGUGGAGAUGAUUUUGAUUCUAUGGAAGAUAUGAGAUAUUUGGAGUUUGCAAGUCUUUCACUAGAUGAACGAAAAUUGGAGAAUGGAUUGAUGGAUGAUUAG